AUGAGGCUUCUCAGCAGUAUUGCGGUGUCAGUGGCAGCCCUCUUCUCGGGGCUUACUGCUGCCGCGAGCCAGUCUGCCGACGUCUUUCUCUUUACUAAGACUUAUGCGCCGUCAAAGCCCCCAUCAGAGCUCCCGGUCAUCCAGAAGGAGAUCGUUCGUCACAUCAUCCUUCAAAGGACAUCAAGGCAACCAUAUGGUGAUGAUCUGUGUGAUCUCUCCAGCCGCCUUAAUAUCAAGACCGCAAUCGAUCAGAUCACUACAUAUGGGAAGAACCCAACACCCUUGUUCGAGGCCGAGCCCGCUGCCGAUCCGUUACAGCUCGUCAUCAUACUGGAGGGCGUGUCUCAUGAGGGGUCCAAGUGGCUGAGAAAGGAAGCAGGAGAUUACCUUGCCUUUACCAUCGCCAACCCGCCCUCCGCAUCUGCCAACAACGAAUUGAUGAUCCAGUUCCAGGACCUCGGUAUCACACGCUCCAAGCAGUGCGAGAUCCCCGCUUCCUUCAACCCCCACCAGGAGAACUGCUGGUCCGGUACCUCCUCGGUGGUCAAGUACGACCUCAAGACUAAUCCAAAGGUCCUUAACGCCUUCUUCGAUAACCUCCAUCGCCUGCACAAGUUUGUCAACACUGGCGACAUCGAAGUUCUGCUCAUUGCCCUCCCCGAAUCAACCCGCUAUUCUUGGAAUAGGCACUGGAGCACGGCCGCCUGCUUGCCCACCUCUCUGCAAGUCAAUGACAUGGCCGAUCUCAAACGCCGCGCCAAAGAGACUGUCAUCUCCAACGAAGCUGAGACUGACUCCGAGUCCGACUCGGACGACGAGUACGAGACCGAAUCAUCCAACACCUCAGGCAACACGUCCCCUGUUCCGACCGCGUUUGCUUUGAAGAAGUCCAUCCCGUCUUGCUUCACCUCCUACGCAAGCUGCAUGAACCAAACGAAUAACUGCUCUGGCCACGGCGAGUGCGUCAACAAGUAUGGCAGCAGCUCGACUACCACCGAUUCCAAGGGCCCGACGUGCUUCACGUGUAUGUGCAAGGCUUCGCGGGUUGACCGUGGGGAGGACGCGAAGGUCAAGGGCAAGAAAACUAUCCACUGGGGGGGGAACAUGUGCCACAGGGAGGAUAUCAGUGUACCGUUUUUGUUGUUUGUGGGUUUCACGGUUACCAUGGUUGGGGCGAUCAGCUUCUGUAUUAGCUUGUUGUUCCAGGUUGGGGAGGAGAAGUUGCCGGGAGUUAUUGGGGCUGGUGUAGCGAGAAAGUGA